AUGUCCACGUCCACGUCCUCCACGUCCACAUCCACGUCCUCCACGUCCACGUCCAAGUUUACGUCCAGGUCCAGGUCCAGGUCCACGUCCACGUCCAAGUCCAAGUCUACGUCCACGUCCACGUCCACGUCCACAUCCAAGUCCACGUCCACGUCCAAGUCCACGUCUACGUCCACGACCACGUCCACGUCCACGUCCACGACCACGUUCACCUCCACCUCCAAGUCCACGUCCACGUCCACGUCCACGUCCACGUGCACAUCCAAGUCCACGUCCACGUACACAUCCAAGUCCACGUCCACGUCCACGUCCACGUCCACGUCCAAGUCCACGUCCACAUCCAAGUCCACGUCCACGUCCACGUCCUCCACGUCCACAUCCACGUCCUCCACGUCCACGUCCACGUCCACGUCCAGGUCCAGGUCCAGGUCCACGUCCACAUCCAAGUCCAAGUCCACGUCCACGUCCACGUCCACAUCCAAGUCCACGUCCACGUCCACGUCCACGUCCAAGUCCACGUCCACGUCCACGACCACGUCCACGUCCACGUCCACGACCACGUUCACCUCCACGUCCAAGUCCACGUCCACGUCCAGGUCCACGUCCACGUCCACGUACACGUCCACGUCCACAUCCACGUCCUCCACGCACUCUCUAGGCCCUUGCACUUGUUCUUGCUAUUUUGCACACGCUAGGCCCUUGUUCUUGCAAUUUUCCACUCGCUAG